AUGUGGAUCGCACAAAGCAAGGACCCAGCGCUUGAGAUCAAAGCUCAUUUUGAGACACCCAAACACAAGCGAACCGCCCAAAGCGAAUGGUCCGCUAUAUCACUUGAUAAUAUAAUUUGCAGCAAUCCAGGGAAAUCAAUAUCGGAAUGCCUCAAUCUUAUGAUCACAGAGCUACAGGAUCUAUUUUACUGCCUACCGGACAAGCUUCAAAACCAGAUGUACUGGCAUAUGAAGCUAAUUGAAGCGACAAGCACGCACCCAGGUACGAAUGACGACAACAAAACGGCGCCUAUGGUAUCAACUUUACAGACUGACACUACAAUAUGCGUCAACUGUCAUGUUCACCGCACCAAGGUCGUUCACCAUAUAGACGAAGACACUCCCAAGGACGCAGCUACUUACUUUAUAUUGGAGCACGAAGGCACGCCAAAGGACCAUAAUACCCAGCUUGAGGCGUACCUUGCAGAGGUUGACAUACCAGUCCAGUACGACCUUCCAGAUCGUACAAGCGAUAGCCAAAAGACAGCUACAGGAUACUUCACCGUAGCAAAUCUAGAUUACAAAGGAUUCGCACCCUUGAUAGCAAGUGAACUUGCUAACCGCUCUGCAGCUCAUUAUCUCUCAUGCUUGCUAGGCAACCAUCAAGAAUAUACAGAGAAGCCUACACUGGACAACGAGGAUGAAGCCGACGUACAGACCGCACCAAGUUCACACCACCUCACUAUACCUGAAUACGCAUUUCUUGCAGAGGAUCGAUAUUCGUCUAACAACUUUAUCGGCCUACUUAUUGAUACUGGUGCCGCAACAUUCUCUACUGCUGGAUACGCGCAAUACCUCGCAUAUCGGAAAGUUGCCAGGGGUUGUAUAAUGGACACGUCAACUGCGGGAUCUGUAACGAUACGAUUCGGUGCUGGUGAAGCACUACAAUCACUAGGUUUGAUUGAUCUGGAUACCCCAAUUGGCAAUGUACGAUUUCACAUCGUUGAGGCCAUGACACUAUUUCUACUCUCUAUCAAGGACCUUGACCGCCUCAAGGUGUACUACGAUAAUACGAAGGACCUCCUCGUUCGCCAUGAACUGUACCUGACUGCACCAGUCGUACGAAGGUUCGGCCACCCAUUCCUUAUAUGGGAUUACUCUCUCGCCUUAUAUAUUACUCAAUCCUUCAAUGAGGAUCAAUGCUUCCUUACAGACAGAGAACUACGCCGACUGCACCGUCGAUUUGGACACCCCUCCGUAGGACGACUACACAAAACCCUACUACGCGCAGGCUACGACACGCACCCUAAAGUAAUUGAGAGGAUCAACAAAUUCUGCCACCAUUAUCAAACCCAUGGAAAAUCACCAGGUCAAUUCCACUUUACGUUACGGGACAACAUCGAAUUUAAUCAUUCAAUUAUUGUGGAUAUAAUGUAUAUCAAUGGCAAGCCAGUGCUCCAUAUUGUGGACAAAGUAACGCGCUUCAAUGCCACAUUCAGCGUUCCUGUUGAAGCUCAUUGGUCAAUUAGCACUGUUGAACGCUACCAUGCUGUACUAUAUCGUUCAUACAAGAUCAUUUCAGAAGAAGUGCCAGAGCUCGCACUAGAAAUGGCGCUUCAAAUGGCUGUCAAAGCUGUUAAUGACACCGCAGGUCCAGACAGCUAUGUCCCUACACUUCUUAUCUUCAGAGUGUAUCCCUGA